GCUGCCGGCGCUGCCGGGGCCGGUGCCGGUCCGGUCCGGCGGGCCCGGGACCGCGGGCGGGGCGGGGGCGGGGCGGCGCUGCCGGCCCGGCCCGGGGCGGGGGCCGGACGGGACGGUGACGGUCCCCGGCGCGGCGGGCCCGGCGCGGCCGCUGGCGGAGCAUGAGGGAGCCAUGAGCCCGCUGCGGGGCUGGCUGCUGGCCGCGCUGCUCUCGCUCGCCCCGCGGGCAGGUCCCGCCGCGCAGGCCGGGGCGGUGCCGCGCAGGGUCCCGCGGGCCGGAUGGCAGGACGGGCGGGUGGUCUCCCAGAUCACCCACCCCAGCAGGCUGGUGGGGCAGAGCUCGGGAGGAGGAGAAGUGGCAAAGCAUCAGCUGGACACCAGGGUCAGGAAUGAGCCUGGAGGAAGAGGAGGAGGAGGAGGAGAAGGACCCGGGCUGCACCUGGCACAGGUGAGCUUCGUGGUGCACGCCUUCGGCUCCGCCUUCACCCUCGACCUCCGGCUGAACCACCACCUCCUCGCCUCCCACUACGUGGAGCGGCACCUCGGCUCGGGCGGCAACGGCAGCCACAGCACGGGCGCGGGGGAGCACUGCUACUACCAGGGCCGGAUCCGGGGGCAGCCGCGCUCCUUCGCCGCCCUCUCCAGCUGCCAGGGCCUGCGGGGGGUCUUCUCGGACGGCCGAGCCACCUACCUGAUCGAGCCCCAGGCGGGCGCCGAGCACGGGCAGGGCCUCCGACCGCACCUCGUCCAGCGCGUCCCCAACUGCCCCCGCCCGGGCUGCCUUUUCCCUGCGCUGAGCCAGCGAGACGCGGGUGGGAUACCAAAACUGCGGCGGCGGCGGCAGGUCCGCCGAGCCCAGCACACGGUGCACAGCGAGACCAAGUACAUCGAGCUGGCCGUGGUGAACGACCACCAGCUGUUCCUGCAGCUCCGCAAGUCCGUGGUUCUCACCAGCAACUUCGCCAAGUCCGUGGUCAACCUGGCUGACAUGAUCUACAAGGAGCAGCUCAACACCCGCAUCGUGCUGGUGGCCAUGGAGACGUGGGCGGCGGAGGAUCGGAUCCGGAUGGGACACGACUCCCUGGAGACCCUGAACGAGUUUGUGAAGUACCGGCGGGAGGGGCUGGCGGAGCACAGCGACACCGUCCACCUCUUCUCGGGUCGGACUUUCCAGAGCAGCCGCAGCGGCACCGCCUUCGUGGGGGGCAUCUGCUCCCCCACCCGCGCCGGCGGCGUCAACGAGUACGGAAACGUGGCGGCCAUGGCGGUGACGCUGGCACAGACCCUGGGGCAGAACGUGGGCAUGAUGUGGAACAAGCACCGCACGGCCGCAGGGGACUGCCGGUGUCCGGACCCGUGGCUGGGCUGUAUCAUGGAGGACACAGGGUAUUACCUCCCGAGGAAGUUCUCCCGCUGCAGCAUCGACGAGUACAACCAGUUCCUGCAGGACGGCGGCGGCAGCUGCCUCUUCAACAAACCCCUCAAGCUCCUGGACCCUCCGGAGUGCGGCAAUGGCUUCGUGGAGGCGGGCGAGGAGUGUGACUGUGGCUCACUGGCGGAGUGUGCAAGGAGCGGGGGGAACUGCUGCAAGAAGUGCACCCUGACCCACGACGCCAUGUGCAGCGACGGGCUCUGCUGCAAGGGCUGCAAGUACGAGCCCCGAGGUGUGUCCUGCCGGGAGGCCGUGAACGAGUGUGACAUCCCCGAGAGCUGCACCGGGGACUCCAGCCAGUGUCCCCCCAACCUCCACAAGCUGGAUGGAUACUUCUGUGAGAACGAGCAGGGCCGGUGCUACGGCGGGCGCUGCAAAACCCGAGACCGUCAGUGCAACGCUCUGUGGGGCCGGGGCUCGGCCGAGCGCUUCUGCUACGAGAAGCUGAACGUGGAGGGGACGGAGCGGGGGAACUGCGGGCGCGAGGGCCUGGGCUGGCUGCAGUGCAACAAGCAGGACGUCCUCUGCGGCUUCCUCCUCUGCGCCAACAUCUCGGGGUCGCCGCGGGUGGGGGAGCUCAGCGGGGAGAUCGCCACCACCACCUUCUUCCACCAGAACCGCUACGUGGACUGCAGGGGGGGCCACGUGCAGCUGGUGGACGGCUCAGACCUGAGCUACGUGGAGGACGGGACGCCCUGUGGGCCCGGAAUGCUCUGUCUCGACCGCAAAUGCCUUCCAGCCACCGCCUUUAACUUCAGCUCCUGCCCCGGCAGCUGGGACGGGAAGAUUUGCUUCGACCACGGGGUCUGCAGCAACGAGGGGAAGUGCAUCUGCCGGGCGGAGUGGACGGGGAAGGACUGCAGCGUCUACGACCCCAUCCCAGAGCCGAAGCCCACGGGGGAGACGGAGCGAUACAAGGGUCCCAGUGGCACCAAUAUCAUUAUCGGCUCCAUCGCGGGGGCCGUGCUGGUGGCUGCCAUCGUCCUUGGGGGGACAGGCUGGGGAUUUAAGAACAUCCGCCGAGGAAGGUACGACCCGGCGCAGCAGGGAGUGUAACCGUGUCCCCCCCAUCGUCCCGUCACCGUCCCUGUCACCGUCACCGUCACCGUCCGGCAGCCUGACGGCGUGGGAGCCCCCGGGCCCGUCUGUCCGUGUCGCUGUGUGUCCGGCCGUGCUGUCUCCAUCUCUGUGCCCCCACGGCUGAACAGGGACAGCGGCUGGGGGGGCCUGGCAGCAGCCCCCCCCCCGGUGCUGGCUCAUUUCAGCUCAGUGUCCCCCCCCAUGUGUCACCCCCCUGUCACAGCCCCCCACUAAACACACCCCACUUCUGUGUUGCAGGUCCGGGGGGGCCUGAGCGGGGCCGCUCUGCCCCACCCCCCCAGCGCCUCAUUAACAGCAAUUAAAUGGGGCGGCGCUGCCGAGGGUCCGGCCGAGGAGGAGAGCGGUGGGGGGGCCACCCGGGACCACCCCCCCGACCCCCCACUGCACCACCACGAAUGUACAGGGACCCCCGGCCCCCCCGGGCUGGCGGCACUCGGCACCGGGAUGAAUGUACCUGCGGGGGCAAGGGGAGCCCCCGGCCCCACAUCCCCCUCCCUGCCCCCCCAGCAGCAUCUUCCAGCCUGGGGGCCCCAAAAGGCAGCCCCGUGCACCCCAGGGCGAGGCCAGUACCCCCAGUACCAGGCCAGUACCCCCAGUACCAGGCCAGCACCCCCUCCCAGUGCAGGGCCUGGGAGUUGUGUCCCCCCAGCCCUCACGGGGACCAAGGACUGCACCCCCAGAUGUGCCUCCCUCCUCCCCCACCCCCCCAAAAGUGGCUCAGCAGCCCCCAUAUGGGAUAAACCCCCUCAAACUUCCCCCAACCCCCCCUGUCAUGGCUACACCCCCCAAGCCAUGGGACCCCGAGGUCCCCAGUGGUGGGACCGGCACCCACGGGUGUCAGCUCUCCCUCUAGAGUGGGGAACUGGGGUACAGGGUGAGCCCUGGGCUGGUGGCACGUGGGGCAGUUUCACGGGUGACACGUGUCACCCCAGCCCCAGGACAGGCUUGUGGCACCCGUCCCCCCCCGGAGGGGUGUUCCCCAUCCCCAGGGCAGGUGUGGGGGAUGUGUGACCCCAUCCCCAAGGCAUGUGGCACAUGUCACCCUGCAUGGGGUGGCUCUGUAGGGCCACCCAACCCACAGCACCACAGAGCACCAGGGGCCACACUGGUCCCUUCAACCACUGGUGACACUCAGCAUGGGGGGGGACACCCUGGUGACACUCGGGGUGUGUGUCUGUGUGUGUGGGGACACUCGGCAGGGGCACAACGGGGGAUGACAUGCCAUGGCCACGCCAGUGUGGGGGUGUCCCCCUGUGUGUCCCCCUUGCCUGGUGUCUCUGCCCAUCACUGAGCCCCUUUGCAUGGGGACAGAGGGUGACCGAGGGUGUCCCCAUGCCAAGGCACGCGAUGGCCCCAGCCUGGUGUGACAGCCCCACUGGGCACCCACAGCACCCACAGGUGGCACCACAGGGGACAGGGUGGGGGGUGAUAGCAGGGUGGGGGUGGCUGGACAUCCCCAGGCCGGGCUUCUCUGGUGGCUUCUUGUGUGACAUGUGAGCGAUGGGCUGGGGGACACGGGGAGGGGACCUGAGGCCACCGUGGGCAUGGGAGGGGUCUGGACCAACCCCCGUCUCUAUCACUGUCACCGCAGUGUCCCCACAGCUGUCACAGCCGCAGUGCCGAGGUGCUCCCCAGGCGAGGGGACGCCUCUGGCUCAGAGCAAGAAGCCACCGUUGUCACUGGGUUUGGGGACAUUAAUAUAUAUAUAUAUAUAUAAAUAUCGGGACUUUUCUUAAUGAUUUUAACGCUGUAAGGGCGGGCGGAAGGGCCCGUGGUGGGGGCAGGGGGGACACCCGUGGCGUGGCGGGUGGGUGGGGGACACCCGGUGCUUCCAGAGCCAAGAGAGCAGAACCCCCUCCCCGGCCCCCGCAGGCUGAGCCCACGGGCCCCGUCCUGUCCCGCGGCCCGGGACAAGCACAGCGGGGCGGGGAGCCCCCGCACCCCCUCCCCGCACCGCCGCCGUCCCGCACCGCCUCGCUCCGCUACCGCAGCCGGGUCGGGGCCGGGGGGCUCCACCGCCCCCCUUCCCUCGCCCACCGCGCCUCCGCUCCUGCUUUGCACGUGCUGGGAGCCGCUGGAGCCGCCGCUGGAGCCGCCGGAGCUGCCCCGUGCUCCUGGCUCGGCCCCGGCUCCGGCCCCGGCCGCCUAGUGCAAUGUCGUAGAAAUUUAUUUACAAUAAAGGUUUGGAAAACGA